UCUUUUAAACCAAGUCGGGUACAUUAUACUUGUUGCGUCAAAAAUAUCCCAAAGGGACCACAGUACAGGCGAUAACACAACAGCCAGAACGAGAGACCAUCCGACACGGCAGCUGAUAGCUCCGUAAAAGGAAGACCAUGAAGCAUUUUCACUUGCUUGUAUUCUGCAUCACCGCAAUAGCAGUUCGGAACUCGUCAAGCAAAUGCUCAAAAUGUCCACACAAUAUGCAACAAAUAAAAGAAGCAAGGCUCAAAGUCAUCCAGAAAGAAAUACUCGAUAAAUUAGGUCUACCUCAUCCACCUAAUAUCACUAGUCAAAAUAUCUUGAAGUUACAGCCGGUUAAGGAGCUGAUAGAGUCGGAAAAACUCAACAUGGAUGCAAACCCCGAAGAGUUUCAUGAAGACAACUAUCACGCCAAGACUCACAAAAUCAUUUUGUUUCCAGAAACAGCUCCUAAGCUUAUUGCAGAUCAAGUAGAAAAGUGUUGCUAUUUUACCUUCACUGGUAAGGCGCAUGGACAUGGGCUUCGAGUGCACAAGGCCUCGCUUCAGGUUUACGUCAAAAGAGAACCCAACACCGGCAAAACAAACGCCACUCGCGACCUCAAAACAUCUAUAAAUGUGUUCCAAAGAGGUUUUCCUGUAAUCGAUGGAGCUCCGCAGAAAAUACUGGUUGCAUCCAAAACAAUAAACACUAACAAGAAUGAAGCGUGGUACAUUUUUAAUAUACGAUCCUUAGUCAAGUCUUGGAGGAAAAAACCUAAAAUGAAUUUAGGAAUUGAUCUGGAAAUCGAAGGUGAUGACUCCUACCGUUUGGUUCACGGCAACAGCAUAGCGUACCAGCCGUUUCUGGAGGUGCACACCAAGAAUAGGAAGAGAAGAAGGCUCAAACGAAGGGCCGGGUUGGAAUGUGGGUUCGGGCGGAUGGAAAAACGUUGCUGUCGACAGUCACUCAUGGUGGAUUUUGUAACUUUGGGAUGGGAUUGGAUCAUUGCUCCUAAGCGGUUUACCGCCUAUUACUGCACCGGAGAGUGUGAAGAUAUGGUCCUACCAAUGCACGCGCAUGCUCACUUGAUGGCUACAGUCCGAGGCAACAACCGCAGCGAUUUUUGUUGCACACCUAGCAAAAUGUCCGCCAUUUCCAUGCUCUAUUUUGAUUUGAAAAAUAGAAUUGUGCUGGAAGAAGUACCCGCCAUGAUCGCAGAUACCUGUGGAUGCUUGUAGCAACUUCAAAAUAAGCUGUAUUACUCCCUCGUUAUCUGUUUCUAGAACGUCUUAUUUUUCUCACUUAAUGGUUUAAUGUCACUAGUACGAUUUUGUGGGAGCCUAUGAUUAGAUUGGCGAGAUUAUCUCGUCAUCUGUUUCUAGAAGGACUUUUUUUCUAGACAUUUUUGUAGUUCUCCUUUUAAACAUUGACCGUCCAAAGAUGUCUGUCUGUCAGGAUUAAAUUGUGUAACAAAUGCAGUCUUUUUGGUAAAAUGGAAAAAAAUCGUUCCUUGGCCCAAAAAGAGGCAGGCUUUAGAAGUUGUGACAAAAGGUCUAACUAGCCCAACAGCAAACACUAUUUAGACAAGUUGAUGUAAAAUAAUUGAAACGUAAGUUCAAAGAUAGAAAAGUUUUGUUAGAAGUAGUAUAGGCACUCACAGAGUGGCUAUUAUUUAUUGAGAGUUAUCAAGUGUAGAUGCACUUUAAAAUUGAAGGAGAAAUAAAGAAAUGCGUGUGUGACGAGAA